AUGGGGAAGAAGUUGCGCACUGACACUGAGGGUGCGAAAUACUUUGGCGAGAAAGCCGACAGCAAUCAUGGUCAAGCAAAUCACAAAGAUGCUGGUACAGUGUGCGGACGCCUGGAGCGCCCAAGUUUUAGCAUUUUCAAGACUGUGGAAGCCGAGUGCCUCAAGUUUGUAGGCACUCCCUCCUUCAAUCCUGUGCCAUUUUUGGAUGCGUCAAGCGCUGAGAUUUACAUGCGCCCUCUGGAACUGAGUCUCAGCCCUGCGGCCUAUCAAGGGCCUGUGCCCUUUGUCCAAGUGCACUGUUCUAAGGAGGAGAAGAUGAAACUCUACAGCCUCUUGGAUUCUUGCAAGCGGCUUGGGCUUCACCGAGAGUCUGAAGUGCGCACCAAGUUCAGCAAUGGUUUGUUUUCUGUCGUGAAGUCGCUGGAUAGAGAUCGGCUCAUACUUGAUAGCCGACCUGCAAACCUGUUAGAAAGAGGAGAGCAACGCUGGAUCAAGAGCUUAGCGUCAGCUGAGAGCUUAUGCAAGUUGGUCAUUCACGACUGGCAUGCGUGCCAUGUUGGCAUGUGCUUGAAGUCAGAGCUGGUCGAGGCAAAUCAGCUCCUCACCCUCUCUGGUCCUCUUCCAAGAGCUGACAACAAGGUUGGAAUCAUUAUUGAUGAUUUUGUUGUGUUGAGCACGGUCAAAGAUGGAGAAACCGAGCCAAGCAGAGGCGCCAACCUCAGCGGCAAAGUGGAAGAGUUGUACAAGGAGGUCGGUUUGAUACCUCAUCCUGAGAAGGCUUUUCGAGAUGAAGAGAGGAGCACCUUCUGGGGCGCUGACUUUGAUGGAAAGCGAGGUCUCAUCAGAGGCUCACUGAAGAGGGCCAUACCUUUAGCUUGGAUCCUUUUGCGAGUUGCGGAGUUGGGAGUCUGCAGUGUAGAACUUCUUCAGACUCUCAGUGGCUCCUUGGUCUCCCUCAUGCUCUUUAGGCGCCGUAUGCUCUCCCUCCUUGACAUGUUCUUUGCAGCGACUAGGGGAAGAAACGGAAAUGAUGUGGUGCAACUCUCAAAGCGUUUGGUGAGCGAGAUGCUGGUUUGUGCGACUCUCCUUCCUUUAGCAGUGACAAAUCUGCGUGCCGAGGUGUCUGGGCUACUGGCCCCUGCAGAUGCUUGGAUGCGGAGUCACAGCCUCUUGCCGGCAGCUGCAGAGUUGCCUGACCCUUCUCAAACCUUUUCUGCAAACCCGCUCUGGUCUGUGCUUGCCCGAGUUUGCCUGCGGAAGAAGACCAUGGAAACGCCAGACUGGUUUUUAGCUUCAUGUACUGGCGACUUUUCUGGGCUCGACAGCUGGCUGGAAGCUCAGGGCAUUGGUGAUUACCAGCUCACUGGCCUCCCCCCUGUCUCAGAGCUAACACAGCGUGUUUUUGAAAGUUUUCCUUCAGCAGAAAUUUCUAGCGGCAGUGAGAUGGGUCACACCGCACAGAACAAUGAUGUCCAGCCUGUUUCAGAAGUUCAGACCGGUUUUGAGAAAGGGAGCAAUGCUCCCAAUGGUGGUGUUUACAACAAGCCAGCAUGUUUGAGUUCUUCAGCUUUUCAGCUGCGUACCGACUGUGCUACUGAGGUAUCAAACCGUGCGCCAGGUCAGCUGGCAUUCUGCUCCGGAGCUGGCCUUGGAGAGGACUGGCGCUUCACUGGAAGGCGUGGUGUGCUGAGCUCCGCCAACAGUAAGCUGGUUCAGCAUCUGUUAAGGCAGUUUAAAAAGGAGCAAGUUGUUUUUGGAGCUGAUGAGACGUGGCCUCCUUGCACGGCUGGUUUUUUAGACAUGUUUUCUGGCGAGAAAGGGGUUGCAAAAGAAUUUGCGAGAGAAACUGGCUGCUGGGUUUUGACCUUCGACAUAGAGCAUGACGCGUCUGAAGACCUGUCAAACAAAGUGUUGCAAAGACAGAUUGAGAGGUUAUUUGCUUUGGACGUUUUUCAUGGUUGGGGGGCAGCCCCAGUUUGUCAAAGUUUUUCAGUUGCAGUGACUCCUGCCAUUCGGAGCCCGGAGCAUCCAUAUGGCAAACCUGAUGUCAGCGACCGAGCCCGAGAGAAACUGGAGAUGGGUAACCUGUUUGCUAGCUGGCUUUUGUCGCGCAUGACGUUGUCACUUUGCUUGGAUUUGGUUUUCUGGGUCGAGAACCCGGACCUGAGCUGGAUGCUUAGCAAAGCAUGA